AUGCUUCUUAAGGAGGAGAAUAUCGUUCUCUUCACCCCAGCUGUGGCACCUUUAUACCAACCUGGGAGAGACCCAUUUGAACCCCUUGGCCGAGCUCUUUCGAAACAUCACAGCCGAAUCAGACAUGUGCCGUACGUUCACGAGAUGACACAUGAGCACUUGACACGGCUUCGAGAAGCUCAUGCUGUCGUCGUUGUUGUAUGCGAUGCCGGGGGUUCUGCUAAGUCCGUCAUCUACGAUAAUGGCGGUGCUGUGAAGUGCAAAGGAUCGAAUCUGGAGGAGCAGGUGGCCUUUGCAAAAGCUGUCAAUCGAACUAUCAUGGACGAUGAAGGCGACAUGUUCCAUCUACCUGUUAUACUGGUCCUCGUGACAGAAGAUCCGAAGGAAAAGUACCGCGGGCAGACCCUCAAAGACAACCUUAUUCAUACCUUUGGUUCCGGAACCGUGGUCCAUUGUGGGAGCUACUCCACUGAUGCGUUGGAGAGAGUUGCAGAUAGAAUAUUCGACCACGAUGUUAUAGAUAGGGCACGUGAGCGAGAUGAGAGUCUAGGCAUGGAUUUGGAUUAG